AUGUUGAGUGGGUUUGUCCAAAGUCGAGAAAUUGUUAAGGCACGGAAACUAUUUGAUGAAAUGUUUGAAAGGGAUGUGAUGUCGUGGAAUAUGAUGCUGUCAGGGUCACGUUUUGGAUCCACGAUUAGUGAUUUUUGUGUUGAACCAAGAGUUGAACAUUUAGCCUCCCUUGUGGAUAUUGUCAGUCCGUUUGGACUGGUUGAGGAGGCCAUGGAUGUUAUUCAUGGCAUGCCAAUUGAGCCAGACAACGCUAUGUGGGGAGCUUUGUUGGCACUUGAGAAGUGCACAGCAAUGUGGAUUUGGCUAGAGUUACAGCGGAAGCAUUAA